ACUUUUUUCCUCUCUAAUUCAAGUACCUCCACUUCAAUUACCUCUAGCACACCUAGAGCCCUGCUGGUGAUAUCAUACCUUGGAUACCAGGCACUCAGAAAGACCUUCCAGCAGAAUCAAUAGCUGGCCCAGUUAUACCCCACCAUUCACACAAUUCAGCUGGCUAGAAAUGAAUAAGGUGCGACCUCGAUAUAUUAUUGAUCGCCCUGCAUAUUCUGUUGAAUUAUUUAAUGAGGAAUAUGAAAAGAAGAUUCGCAGCUACCCUAUUGGAGGGAAAGCCAGAAAGCUUUUCAGCUGUUCUACAAGCAAAAUAAAGAAUUUUAUCUUUCGGCUUUUUCCAAUUCUCUCCUGGCUGCCUAAGUAUAACAUUAAGGGAAACCUUCUGAAUGAUGCCCUUGGAGGGAUCAGUGCUGGAACCAUCCAGAUACCUCAAGGGAUGGCUUUUGCUCUUCUUGCUAACCUUCCACCUGUUAAUGGUUUAUAUUCUUCAUUCUUUCCUCUUGUGGUAUAUUUUUUCAUGGGAGGAAUUCCACAGAUGGUACCAGGUACCUUUGCUGUCAUAAGUAUCAUAGUUGGAAAUGUGUGCCUAAAGCUUGCACCUGAGUCUGAAUUUGUAACCAUUAAUGGGACCAGUAAUGUGACCUUCAUUGACAUAGAGGCCAUGAACGGGAAACGUAUGCAUAUAUCAGCAACACUGGCCUGUCUGACGGCAAUCAUACAGAUUGCUCUGAGCUUUGUACAGUUUGGCUUUGUUGCCAUAUAUCUCUCUGAAUCAUUCAUCCGGGGUUUUAUGACAGCUGCUGGUUUGCAGAUUCUCAUCUCUGUGCUCAAAUACAUCUUUGGAGUCUCAAUCCCACCUUAUAGUGGCGUCUUGGCCAUAAUUUAUACUUUUAUAGAUAUCUGUAAGGAACUACCCAAAACCAAUGUGGCCUCUCUGAUCUUUGCUUUGAUCAGUACUGUGCUGCUCAUCAUUGUCAAGGAGCUUAACAUGAAAUUUAUGCAUAAGAUCCGCUUCCCAAUUCCCAUGGAGAUCAUCAUUGUUAUUGUUGCGACAGCUGUAUCUGGUAGCUUUAAACUUCCUGAAAGGUAUCACAUGAAUGUAGUUGGGCAUAUUCCGCUAGGGUUCCCCUCCCCCACAGUGCCCAAUGUUACUCAGUGGGAUGAAAUGGUUGGCACAGCCUUCUCUUUGGCUAUCGUUGGCUAUGUGAUUAACUUAGCCAUGGGCAGGACACUGGGAGCUAAGCAUGGCUUCGAUGUUGAUGCUAACCAGGAAAUGUUGGCCCUUGGAUCUGGUAAUUUCUUUGGCUCAUUCUUCUUCAUACAUGUUAUCUGCUGCGCCUUGUCUGUCACACUGGCAGUGGAUGGUGCUGGGGGUAAAUCCCAGAUUGCCAGCUUCUUUGUCAUGAUGUCAGUUAUGGUGACAAUAUUGGCUCUUGGAACCUAUCUGAACCCCCUACCCAAGUCUGUUCUAGGAGCUCUGAUAGCAGUCAACUUGAAAAACUCUCUGAAGCAGUUGUCUGACCCAUUUUACCUGUGGAAGAAAAGCAAACUUGACUGUCUUGUCUGGCUGGUGAGUUUCUUCUCUACAUUUAUUCUGGGUCUCCCAUAUGGAUUGGCUGUUGGAGUUGCAUUUUCUAUCCUGGUUGUAAUUUUCAAUACGCAAUUCCGGAAUGGCUCAUCCUUAAACCAGGUGACUGCCACCGAUAUUUAUGUAAAUCCCAAGGUAUAUAGCAAGGUUCAACCCAUUGAUGGAAUUAAAAUUGUAACUUAUUGUUCUCCACUCUACUUUGCCAACUCUGAGAUAUUUAGACAAAAGGUGAUCAAAAAGACAGGUUUAGAUCCUGGAAAGGUCUACUUAUCCAAGAAGAAGUACUUGAAGCAGCAAGAGCAAGAAUUGAAAAAAAAAGAACAGAAAAAAAAGAGAGGAUCACUAUUUAUGAAAAACAAGACACUUUCACUGCAAGAGCUCCAGGAAGAUUUUGAUGGCGUUUCACCUACUGAUUCAAAUAACAACAGCACUGUAAAUGGGACUGCAAGUGCAAUUAGUUACAUCUCAUCCAAUACCUUGACAUCAGGGUCUCAGACAACAGAAAAUGUUCAAAAUGGUUUCUCCACUCCUGCACAGACACAAGAUCCGAUCAUUGCAGCUCCUCCUAUUGUGAACUUCCAUACUGUCAUCAUUGAUAUGAGUGGGGUGUGCUUUGUAGACUUGAUGGGGAUCAAAGCUCUGGGGAAGUUGUGCACAAGUUUUCAGAGGAUUGGAGUCAAUGUUUACUUAGCAGACGUACAGGCCCAGGUAUAUGAUGAUAUUGAGAAUGGUGGGAUGUUUGCUGAAGGAAGUCUGGAUCGUAAACACCUCUUCAUUACUGUGCAUGAUGCUGUACUGUAUGCAGAGGCCAACAACACAGGGAUUGUAAACACUGAUUCAAAGAAGAAGGGAGCAGGUGAUACUGAGAUUUAUAUAAUGGACACACAGGAUGAAAUCAGUGAAGAUUAUCCCAACCUUGAAGAGGCAAUGUUUGGCAGCAUGUUUCAGACAGAAAUCCAGACAGCGCUGUAAGGUUCCAUGCUGACCAGCUGAAAGCUCCCUUUUUAUAUUAUACUGCUGAUCACAGAAGGUUCCAAGACAUAGCACUUUUUUUUAACAAUCUCAAACCUUGCCUUCCAUUUGCUAUCACAUAUUCACUGGAGCAGUAUUACCUGCCUGCUGCUUUUCAGCCAGAACAAAGUGACUCAGGUAAUUUGAAGAGAUCUUCAAAAAGACAAUCUGAGGUUGCACACAUAACUUGGAUGUAAGAAGGUAUCCAGAAUAUGCCAUCACUUGGAUGACAAUGUUGCUUGGUUACUCUGAGUCCAUAGGUGCCUCCUUCUGAUAAAGACUUUGUUUUGUCUACUUGGAUGCUUCCCCCCAACAGAUAACUAUUUACACUGAGGGAUGCUUUUUCAUCCCUGGAAACCCUUUUAAUUUAUUAUCCCCUAACAUUCAAAGUAUCCAUUUCAUAACAUCAUCUAUGAAACUGGUUUCAGAGACCUCAACUGACUUCAUAGCUUGUGCACCAGGAUACCAGUUAAAUAGUAAAGGUAGUGAAAUAAAAUGUACAACAAAUAAAGUGUCUAUCAUUUAAUGGGACUAAAGCCACAAAUUGGCUGUGAUUUUAUGAUUUUAUUUUCCUCUGUCAAUCAGAAGCUUUGACUGUAUACCUCUGGUAUAUACACACGUUAUGUGUACCAGUUCACUAAGAUACUGAUAAGACUUUAUCAUAAUCAUUUCCCCGAUGGAGGGACAAAUAGCAGCUAGCAUUUUAUGACAUGCAGAAAUUCUCACUCUAGUAUGCCAUGGGUGAAAUAAACAAUAAAGGCCAUGCUCACUCAAAUGCCAGAACUGAGGAGCAAACACUGUAUACCGCAGUCCAUUGAUUUAAAUAUGAAAUGCAGUGUGUGUACUGUAUAUAUAGAAACAAAAGUUAUACAAAGUUAUUUAUUUCAUACCCCUCUGAAUGCCAAUUCCACACUGCCUGCCAUAAUGAUUUAGAUGUGUUUGUUGUCACUAAGUAAGGGCAUACGUUUUGAUUUAGAAUGUGUCCUUUUUUAGAACACAAAUGGUUCUGCAGUUGGGUUUGUUGCAAAGAAGAUUAUUGAAAAAAUGUAAAGGUUCUGAUUUAUUUGUUUCAAGUGCGUUUCUACUGCUUUGUUUCAUGAAAUAUAGCUUCAAAUCAUGCUCCCAUAAUUCUGAUGAACACAAAACAACCCUGAGAAAUGCCAGAACUGAAUAAUGCACAGCAGCACAUACUCUGCUCAUAUAAUGGGGACUAUUAUAGAUGGCUAAGUUUCUGACCAUUUCUACUUCCAUCUAUGCUGUAUGUUGUUUCACUUUCCAGUGUUACACUUAGAAUAUUUUAGUAUAAACUCUCCAGGACAGAGGCUGACAGUGUAUUUAUCUAUGCUGUAUAAUAUUAUGAAAUAAAUUAUUGUUGCCAAAA